GAGUGGUGGGGUGGGAGGGAACAACCCACAAAUCCACAACUUUUAAGAGAAAUGUAUUUACAAACAAUGUCCUAUGUUUUAUAUUUGUGUCAUAAUUCAUGAUGUAAUCACAAGAACGAUUAAUUGUCAACGUUUUCUUGUUUCCUGAGGCGUGUUCAUCGAUUGACAAGUACAAAUAUUUCAGGUCGCAAACGUCGCAACUUUGACAGCAAAAAUGGCUGCUAUAAGACACACCCUUCAGAGGGAAGUUUUCCAGCCUAAUGACGAAAGGUUACUUGCUGUUAUGCAUGUAAGCAAAGUUCUCAAAAAGAAGAAAAUAAGCUACCUGUGUCUCGCUGUCACAAUGGAAACACCAAUUUGCAUAACAAUUUAUCAGGUCAAAAAGAAUGACAAAAAUGUACUGAAAAAGAAGCGCUCAUGGCAACUAAAUACCCUCAGAGUUGUUGAUGGAAGAGUUGCAAGCAUAGAUUGCAAUGAUUUAGACCUCCAUUUUGAGAAGGUGUUUAGGUGGUAUUGCAGUAAUAUCCAGGAACGACAGAACUUUGUUAUUCUUUUGUGGAAGCAAUGCUGCAUUCAUUUACCAAAGGAAAGGCCGGAGUUUCGCAAUCUACCUGAAGAUUGGGUUGGAGAUCCUGGCUUACUACCAGAGACACAAGUAAUACUUACACCAGGAUUUGUGGAGCCAACUGAAGCUGAGGAUUAUCAUGCCCUGACGGAAAGAGAACAGCAGGAUUUGGAUAAGCUCAUGUCCUCAUGUGGUUUUGCUAUCAGUAAUGCUGAAGCUUUUAUGGAGAUGAUAGCAAAGGAUCUCUCCGUUCUUGAUGGGGAAAAUGUUCAAAGUGUACUUGCAUCUCAAGAACAAGUGGAAAUGUUAAUGACCCAAAUUGAGGCUGCUCUCUCUGAAGUGGACGUUGUUGAAACACGCCUCAAUAUGUAUGAAGAAGUAAUAAGCCAUGUAAGGGAUGCACUGGAGAAGAUGGAGGAGAAAAAUUCUCUCAUCAACAUAGUAAAUUGCAACAAUCAGAAACUUCUGGCUGAACUUGAAAAUGUUAUUUUUCAGCUGGAACUUGAUGGUAAACAUCAAGCAGCUUUGACAGAUGCAGAUUUAACUAGCACAACAGGUCUAUUAGAUGCCAUUGCUGCAGGUAAAGCCCUGCUAAACGCUAUGAAUGCAGAAAUACAUCCAGCCCUGUUGCGUAUGGCUGCUGUCCAGGAGCAGAGGAAACGCUUUGACAAGUGGAAAGCAAAGUUUUCUCAAACAAUUUCUCGACAUCUCAACAACCUUUUCAUACAUUUGGGCAAUGAUGCUGGAGAGACUUUAAGUUUUCAUGCAAAUGAACUAACUUUGCCUAGGCAUGAGUCAAUUCAUGGAGAAUUGGAAGUGUAUGCAGAACUUAUGCACUGGAUGAAGGCCAUGGAUAGGAAGGCAUAUACAGCUUUGAUGCGUGUCUACACUAAUGCAAUAAGUAAACUAUAUGACAGAGAUAUUAAGCAAUUUUUUGAAGAGGCAAAGUUACGAAUUUCUGGUCUGAGGACAGAUAAGAAAGGCAAAGGUAGUGGAUCAAGAGAGGAUCUUGCUGGUAAAUUUAAGCAGGGAGCGGCCAAUGUAGUAAGUGGUGUGUCUGGAGGGGCUGCUAGUGGUACUCCGACCCUACUGCUGGGAGUAGAAAGAGAUCAAUGGGGCAUCGAUGCUGCUAGUUCUGCUGAGAGACGCCGCUUUGAUGAAGUUUUGGAACGUGUAUUGGCUCAGCUCGAGCCAGUAUGUUUAGCAGAACAGAACUUCUGCAUUUCAUUUUUCCAAUUAGAUGUGCUUUCACCAACAACAAAGAAUACUCAGACAACACUGGACGGGUUGAUUGCUGAAGGAGCCGGUGUCGCUAGAGAAGACAUAGAUCCAUCAGUUCCUCUCAAGAGAGCUGAAAAACAAGUGAAUGAAGAAGUUCGUCGUAUGAUGUCUGAUUUAUUUGGGUGUAUUGAACCUGAACUUGUCAAUUUUGUCAGCCAUUAUGAGAAAGUGGAUAGUUUUUAUUGUAUGUAUGUUUUGGUGAGACUGAGCCAGCAUGUCAUGUCAGCACAGGAUACUGGCUCAUUUCUAAGUAUGAGUUUUGCUUCUGCUUUGGUCCAAGUAAAGAGGAACUUUGAUCGGUUUAUGCAAGCUCAACUUCGUUCCAUUGAAGAAACAAGACCAAAUAGAAAAGGGACAUGUGGAAUUCUUCCAUUUGUUGACAAUUUUGAGGACUUUGCUCGAACAUCUGAAGAGAUCUUCAAGAACUCAGAGCGUAGGACAGACCUGGAGAAGUGGUAUACGAAAUUGGUGUCUGCCAUGUUUGAUACCAUCCCACGUAUUGCUUCUGAACACACUAAAACACCAAGUGAAGUUGUUAAGAUGGAAAACUACCAUCAUUUAUUUGCCUUAUUGUCACAUCUAAAAAUAAGUGUUUUAGAUAGUCUUCGCAAGGAAGCAAAGCAGAGAUACAAUGAUGCUCUCAGAGCUUAUGUAACUCAAUACUUUGGGAGACCUUUAGAAAAACUCAAUCAAUUUUUUGAUGGGGUGCAGGCUAAGGUUGCGCAAGGUGUGAAAGAAUCUGAAAUCAGUUACCAAAUGGCUUUCAGCAAACAAGAACUUCGCAAAGUCAUAAAAGAGUAUCCUGCCAGAGAAGUAAAACGUGGAUUGGUAAAUUUGUAUAGGAAAGUAGAAAAACACUUGUGUGAGCAGGAAAACCUGUUACAAGUUGUUUGGCGAGCCAUGCAGGAGGAAUUCAUUCAGCAAUACAAAUCAGUGGAGGAUUUAAUUCAGCGAUGUUAUCCAGGGUCGAUGAUUGCUUUAGAGUUUACAAUAAGUGACAUUUUAGAAUUUUUUUCAGAGAUAGCCAGAUCUCACUGACAUGCCUUUCCCUAGAUAUGCUUAGACACCUCUUAGUAAUGAUAAGUAUAGUAACAAUAUUCAAGUAUAAGCAUAUGAAUAGUGAAGUUUUAAAGCUUAAUCAUUUUUAUUGUAGAUUGUUCUAUAAUUGAUAAAAUAUAAACGGUAUGUUUUGUUAAAGACCAUCUUGCUGAAGUCUGUCUGUUACCCUGUCAGAAUAGCCUCACAUAUUUGUUGAAAAUGUUGAAAAUUACCUUGCUGUUAAUUUGAGAAAGAAUAAUUAGAAAUGAGAAACUAAAAAUUGUUUGCCAACUCAAUAAUUAUUAAAAAAUUAUAAUUA